ACCUUUAAAUGGUUUCCAAAAGGCGAAAAUUACAAAUGCACCGAGAGCUCCGUGGUUUGCUAUUAUUUACGAUACUUAUUUGUAUCUCGAAACAAUUAACAAUACUUAGUUCGAUUUCAUAAAUUAAAAGUGAAACUUCGUAAUUAUGAUUUCUUGAUAACUAUCUUCUUAAGCUGCAAUGUAAUACAUCAAUAUUCUGGAAACGCAAUCGAACAAAAUACAGGAGUUAGAAACUUUUCUUAAUUUUCAAAUGUUGCCAAUUUCUAAACAAACAUCUAAUGGAUUCUCAAUCGAUGCUAUCAUCAAUACGGGUAGAUGUGAUUCCACGAGAGAAAGCUCGUCUCAAUCUAAGAGUGAAAUCGACAAUCAACGACCGAAUUUGGGAACUCGGAACGAACUUUCCGCCAUUAGUGGUAGAAUUCCGCCUCUACACCCGGCUCUUCCUCACCAUGUUCGGAAUCUACUGUUGGGAGACACGGGCACGCUACAUCCGGACUUGAUUCACCUGGGCCAGUCUCCUUGGUCCCCACACAGGUCCGCAUUGCCAUCCAUAUCCUCUUUGUCACAUGCUUUUCCACCACACGCCUUACCUCAUUUGAAUUCAGUUUUACCAGGACUAUGGCCUCAAGUAUCGGACCAAAUGCACUUAAUGAAUCCUUGGGUGGUGGCCAGAGGGACGCAGUCGGUGCUGGGUCUUCCAUUUGGACAUUCUGCAUCAAGUCUGUUUUUUCAUCCAUAUCGCAAGCCGAAAAGAAUAAGAACGGCAUUCUCGCCUUCCCAGUUACUGAAGCUAGAGAAUGCGUUUGAGAAGAAUCAUUAUGUUGUUGGCCAGGAGCGAAAGGAUUUAGCAUCUAAACUCAAUUUAUCAGAAACACAGGUGAAAGUUUGGUUCCAAAAUAGGAGAACAAAAUUUAAAAGGGUGAGAAAUGAUGACGAGUCAGAGCAAGAAGAUCAACCCGGAAGUUCACAUAAUGAAUGUGAAGAGGAUUAUGGGAUACUACAUGUGACAGAACAGUCCGACAACGAAAGUGACGAUGAUAAUCCUUGAAAAUAAAACGGGGAAGAAACCUCAGGGAUACCAUUUGAUAGAUGUUAUCAAAUACGUCAAUGCUUCUUGUAACAUCAUAUUCAAAAUGAAUAGCACAAUCAGCAUUCUCAGACGUUAUGGAUGGAAUACAUUUUGCAAUUCAUAACAUCUUGAAAUUCUGACUGACAUUGUUGUGUCGCUAAUGAAUAAUAAUGGUUAACUUAAUGAAAUCUGUGUUACCUUCACGUUAAUGUGAAAUGUGAUUUCAUAUUUUAGCAAUUACCUUGUUUUCAACUAGUAAAAUUUUCAAAAUAGAAAAGACAACUCUUACAAAUAAAUAGUUAAUAUAGUCUAGCCCGAAUUUGAAAUAAUAAAAAAAAACCCAUAGAACAUCAAGUUGUGGCAAAUUUGAACUUGUUGAAUGCCAUCAUCAGUUGGCGACGACAUAGCAUUAAUUGGCCUAUAUGACGUAUCCACACAUGUACCUUGUACAUGUAUAAAUAUAGUCUGAAAGUUAUGACCAAGGUUAAGAUGCAGACAGACGGAGAUAUAUAGAGAAUGACACACAAAUCAAAACAAUUUACACGAACAACUAUAGUACUAUCUUUAAGCAAAUUUGAUUCAAAUUUUGUUCUGUCUCCCCCCCCCCCCCCACCACCACCACCACCAAAAACGUUAUAUAUAAUAGCAAAAUCUAGUAUAAAAAAUCAAUUCUGUGUUUAUGUUUAUCAUAUUAAUCAAUUACUUCAAAUUUAUAACCUUUGUUUGGAGUGAUAGCAUAUUAUACUUUCCAAUGCUUAACAUGAAAAACAAGUUGGAUUUGUUAAGUUAAUUUCUAGAAUAGUAAACUCAAACUUUACAGUAGUGCAAUAUUGUUCUUAACUUCGAUUGUGAUCUGCUUCAGGUAUCUAUACAAUAGAAAUGAUACUACAUGUAUAUUGCGUCAAUAUAUGUACAUAUGCAAUAUUAAGAAAAUAAAUCUUAUCUGUUAUC